UAAACCUGUGAGGAUUAUAUUGCCAUUAUCGCAAUAAAAAUACCAUAAGCCUACGUUGUCGUAUUAGUUUACAAAUUGCGAAAAACCAAAUUGAAUUUGAAUUUCGCGGGCAAGCCCGUCGAUUCCAUCUUAAAGCAAGAUGGUCGUCAAGCGCAAGCCCACUCACUAUCCUGAAAUAAAAAAAAACGUCAAUUUGUUUUCAAUUAUGGCAACUCCGCACAAAAAGCUGCCAAUGUCAAGUUUGACUGCUUUGACACUUGACAGCAAAUUGUGACAUUUCCGCAGCAGGCCGUCUAAUGAAAGGAAAUUAAUUUUUGACUUUCUGUUUUAAAUAAUGUUUUAGACUUAAUAAUUUAUUUAAAGUUUUUAUUUAACGACGCACCAACUCUCCGUUCUGUGAUUCGUAUUUACUUGUACGUUCAUGUGCACCAUUUUACUCGUGAAAACGCCCUUGAAAACAGCGAUACAAAAAGUCUAAAGUCAGCAUAGCAACAAUACUUGAGUAGAUUUAAUUCCUAUUUUGAGGAAGAUUGCGGUCUGAACGCUGCAGCGGUGCCUUUAGGAGAUGAGUGCUGAAUGCUUAUGGAGAUUUAAGCUGAAAGAAGACAAAAUAUUAAUCUGAUAAUUAAUCAUAGGUUGAGUAAGUAUUGCAGUGGUGCUUUUGUUAGUGUAAGAUGAUAACGCGGCGAUGGUUCCAUCCGGCACUGAACGGGGUGGACGCGGAGAAACUUCUGCUGGAGCGCGGCCGGGACGGCUACUUCCUCGCGCGCCCCAGCAUGAGCAAUAAGGGAGACUUCACACUGUCGGUCCGCAGAGGCUCCGAGGUGACUCACAUCAAAAUCCAGAAUAAUGGCGAAUUCCUAGACCUCUAUGGGGGUGAAAAGUUCGCGACGCUAUCCGAACUAGUGCAGUUCUACAUGGACAACCAGGGUCAACUACGCGAAAAAAACGGAAACGUCAUUCGGUUGAAGACGCCACUCAAUUGUGCCGAUCCUACGACCGAAAGGUGGUAUCACGGACAGCUCACCGCCAAGGAGGCGGAGAGGAUCAUGCUCGAGAACGGAAAAAACGGUUCAUUUCUCGUGAGGGAGUCGCAGAGACAACCGGGCGAUUUUGUAUUGUCGGUGCGAAUGCGGGACAGAGUGACGCAUGUCAUAAUUAGGCGAAAAGAUAAUAAAUACGACGUCGGCGGCGGCCUGCAGUUCGACGACCUAGUCAGCCUCGUGGAGCACUACCGCAACUACCCCAUGGUCGAGACGACGGGCGACGUCUUGAGGCUCAUCCAGCCCUUCAACGCCACGCGCAUCCAGGUGCAACACUUCCACACGCGAGUCAAACAACUGCAGAAAGAAAACGAGGGCCCCAUCGAGAGCAUGGCGUACAAACAGGGCUUCUGGGAAGAGUUUGAAACUUUACAGAUGAUGGAAAACUUGCAACUCUUCGACAGGAUGGAAGGUUCCAAACCGGAGAACAUAAGGAAGAACCGAUAUAAGAACAUCAUACCUUUCGAUCACACUCGAGUCAUCCUCCGAGACAUCCCCCCGGACGCUCCGCCGGGUUCCGACUACAUCAACGCUAAUUAUAUUCGAUGCGACUUCAUUGAUUCCAAUUCCGAAUCGCAAGACUUAAACGGGAGCAACGAAAACAGUUCUCCGCAUGCGAAAGACGGCACAUCUUCUAAAAACAAGGAUAAAUCUUCCCCGACGCACACAAGUGUCAUAAUCAUAGAGGAACAACCUAAGGAGCAUUCGAAAGGUUACGGGAACGGCACUCAUAAACUUUUACCGCCAUUCGAGCCGAGCGUGCUACGCAGCAAUCCGAACUACGUGAACACGACCAUCCCUAAAACGACGGAAACCGUCGAAAACGGAGGCCCAGAUAAGGUGUAUAAUAAAAUUUACAUCGCGACCCAAGGUUGCCUCUCGACUACUAUUUACCAAUUCUGGUCCAUGAUAUGGCAGGAGGACGUGCGCAUCAUAAUAAUGACGACCAAAGAGAUCGAGCGCGGCAAGGUGAAGUGCGAGCGCUACUGGCCCGAGCUGAACAAGACGGAGGUGAUAAAGAAGUACACCAUCUUCAACGAGUCGGAGUCGUCGACGCAGGACUACACGCUGCGGCGGUUCGUAGUGACCAAGAAGGACGAACCCAACGUGAAGCGCACCAUCUACCACUUCCACUUCACCGCGUGGCCGGACCACGGCGUGCCGUCGGAGCCGGGCCGCGUGCUCAACAUCCUGCUGGACGUCAACUACCGGCUGCAGCAGAUCAUGACGCACAGCGAGCCACCCGGCCAGGCCGUCGUGUGCGUGCACUGCUCGGCCGGCAUCGGCCGCACCGGCACCUUCAUCGUCAUCGACAUGAUCCUGGACCAGAUCCGCAAGGAGGGCUUCGACUGCGAGAUAGACAUCCACCGCACCGUGCAGAUGGUCCGCGACCAGCGAUCCGGCAUGGUGCAAAACGAAGCCCAGUACAAAUUCAUCUACAUGGCCUUGUUAGAGUUUAUCGAAACCGAAAAGCAGAGGGUGGGCUUGGUGGCUCUGAAUCCCACGCAAGCCAUGGAGUCCUUGCGGAUUUGAUUCAAAUCAUUUUUGUACAUUUCGGGAAAGGAAAAAAAUCUUUUUAAACGCUUUAUCUAUCAAUCGAAAAUAUUGUAAGGGGGGAGUAGACACUAAAGGCCCCUCAAAGGUAGUGUCGUAACGACUUGUUAGAUUUGUUAGGUGUAAUUUUCGAAUCUAUGCAGUUUAAUAAUUUGAUUAUUAUAGAUUUAUUAAUAAUAAUUGCAAUACAUAUAUAUAUUUCUAUACUCAUAAAAUUACUAAUGUGAAGUUUGGAAAAGAUGUGGACUGUAUAUGUUCGAAAUAAUCUCACACCUUUUUUGUUGAACUUUUGAAAUUUAAUGAGUACACUGUACAGUAACCUUUUUGGGAAGGAAUUUUACUCUUAAAUACUUUUAGCCUGAGAGCUACAGAGCGUACUUCGACUUUGCUCAGACUUAAACUUCAGUUGAAACGAUACAAAAAGUCAGUGAUAUAUCGCUGUCUCGUUUUAAGUGUCUUAAGUCAGAGCAAAGUCAAAGUACGCUUUUUAGAUCUCAGCCUCAAAGUUACCGUAACCAGCGUAACCGCUGAAGUAGUUGGAUUGAACCUUACGGGAUGAGCUCAAAUAGCUUCCUCAGCUGAUUACCUUCAUAUCUGAUACAAUAGGGAUGAUGCCUAUUAGUCAAAUCAGCAACUUUUUAUCAAACGUCAAACCGUUCGAUUAGUAUAGUGGCUUGUAUGAAAUACUUACCUAUCAUACAAAUUUGACGUGUUUUUCCAGUUAAAUCAAUAUUUUAAAAUGGUAAGCAAACUUAAAACUAACAGUGGAUGUGGGUUUUAUGAACUAUUUAAUAAUUAUUAUUAAGACAUAAUUUAUUUUUGGCACAGGCACCACCCCUAUUAAACUCUUGCGGUGCUCACAUAACCGGGUAAGAACUUUUAAGACUUUUUGUAUCAAUCUAUCACGACUGUAUGACGAAAUUCCUUAGCUCAAAGUUCAAACCAAUGGCAUGCUAGGAGCGAAAGCUGGUCCUUCUUUCCACAUGGAAACAUACUUGUUCUAAUACAUACUUGAGCCGUCCCUUAGGCUUUACAUAAUAUCACCGACGUUGCUACUCGUAGAAUUCGAGCGUCGACUUCAGGGUUAAAGUAAAAUGGAUUUUGAUCACCUUGUUUUAAAGCUCAAGUUUGUCCAUACAUCCUCGCGAAGUUCAAAUUAAUAUUACUGAAUUUUCGACUUUUAGUCAAGAAACUUUAUUUCUUCUGUACUCUGACACUAGUAUGCUUCGAUGCUCGAAUACGAACAGUGUUGGAGAAAUGUAAAAUAAUACUAAGCCUAUCCGACUCUCGGAUUACAGAUUUCAUGUAGUAGGUAUUUAAUAGGAUUUCUUUUUGAAACCUUAGC